AGAUAAAAACGAACGCCACUACGAGUUCUAUCUCAUUCGCAGCUCGUGCGUAGUAAACUCGAUUAAGGAUCUGUGCGGAUUGUGACUGGGAUUCCGGCAGUGAUUCUGGGAGUGACAGUGACGCCAGCUUUCCACCAUGCUCCUAAUUGGAUUACUAAUGCUGCUCCAUGCCGGCCUCCAGUGCGUUGCUUUCUACACGGAAAAACCUUCCUUUAUGGAGUCAUGUAAGAUUUACGAACCGGAGUUCACCAAGUGCUCAACUCGCUCCAUACAGGCAUUUAUGAACCAGCUCGUCAAAGGUGUGCCCGAAAUCGAGGAAUCCUUUGGACCCAUCGAUCCCAUGAGGCAGGAACAGUUGGUGUUCAAUCAGGAUAACAGCGACGUGGCCACGCUUUCCGCCAAUCUUACGGAUAUGCUGAUCAGUGGCUUUGGCAAAAUGGUGAUUAAGGAGAGCAAGGUCAGCAAGAAGGAUUUUAGCUGGCUAACGAAGAUCUAUCUGCCCCAAAUGCGAAUGGAUGGCCACUACAAAAUGGUCGGUCGCAUUUUGCUGGUGCCUCUGCAGGGCAAUGGAAAAAUCGUUAUGGAAAUAGAUGAUCUGGACAUACUGAUGAGCACCAAGACACGCCUCUACGAGAAGGGCGGCUACACAUUCUACAAUGUGACGUCCGUGAAGGUGAAAUUGGAGGUCGGCAAAGUGCGCACCAGGAUGGAUAACCUCUUCAACGGCCACAGCAAGGAGGUGGAAAAGAGCACCAAUCAGUUCUUCAACGACAAUUGGCAGAAUGUCUUCGAGGCACUGCGUCCACUGGUGGUUGAAACCGUGGAACGAACGCUACUAGAUCUUCUCCACAAGACAUUCGCCCUCUUUCCAGCCAGCUUCUUCGUGGAGGACAUACCCACCUCCUUGACCUUGUAUGGUCGCAAAUCAGACAUGAUCACAUAAAAAGUCUUUCUUUACUAAAUAAAGAAAGAACACCAAUAAUAUA